AUGAUUCAAAAUGUAACGGAUGGAGUGGCGAAUAUUUUGCAAUCUUGUGAGUUUUUUUAGAAAAAAACUAUUUUCAUAAUUUUUGAAAAAUAACAUUUUUAUAGCUGAUGCGUCAAAAGUUCGUGGAUGGAAAAUGGUUCAGAAAAAUCUACCAAGAAUCACAGAAUACGGUAGAAGUGAAGGUAUUUUACAAGUAAAUGUUCCGCAAAGUAAUGCAUUUAAUAUAACGGGAGUAGUACAAGCUGCUCAAGAAGAAGCUCAAACUCAAAAAGAGCCAAGAUCUGGUGAUAAAGUUAAUUUACCAACAAAUGAUAUAACGAUGAUGCAUGAAGCAAUUCCUUUUCUACCAGUUCCUGUGGCUAUCACUUGUUUAAUUUUGAAUAUUUUUAUACCAGGAUCAGGUAGUCGGGAAACUUGAAUAACUUUAGUAGGUUUUCCAAACUUCCAGGAACUAUUAUUUCCGGAUUUGGCGCGCUUUGUAUGGGUCAACCAAGAAUAAACAUGAAAGAAGGUCGGAAACUUGUCACACUUGUUGUAAACAUACUUGUAGGUUUUGAUUCUCAUCUUCUAUAUAAAUCACUAUUCGCUUAAAUAAUUCAGGUUGGAAUCAGUCAAUUUUUUACAAUCACAUUUCUAUUUGUUGGGUGGUUUUGGUCUAUUGCAUGGGGUGGUUUACUCAUUAUUCACUCAAGUGAGUUCAAAAUUCCCUUUAUUUGGUUUUCAUAAGAUGAGACAAAGGGAAGAAAAACUCAAUCAUAAAUCAUCUUACGCAUGAUUGAAACUGAUUUCAAUCUCGUAAAGUUUCCACGUCAUACGUACUUUUGAAUCAGAUCUAUUUCAAUAUGAAAAACGAUCUUUGACUUCCGUUUUCAGUGCAAUAUCGCGAAGCUCUUCAACAACGACGUCAAGAAGCAGUUGCAACAGCAGCUAUUGAAGCACUUACAAAAGAUUCAAUUCUUCAUAGAAAAGAUGUCAAAACACUUGUUAAAUCACACAAAAAAUCGAAGAAAUAG